AUGAUGGGAAUUUUGGAACACAGUUUGCUAAGGAGCAUUUUUCUGUACUGCGUUGUUCCCUGGUUCGUGUUGAGAUUGACGCUUUAUGUGCUUUUCGGCGUUUCCAUCAGCUACAUCAAUCCCCUCAGACUCAGAAUCGUCGGUAUCAAGUUCAGAGACGUGGUGGAAAUAGAGUAUUUGCAGGCGUCGGUAUUUGAGAAAAAGAUAAUAUGUGGUGGACUGCGUCUUCCACUGGCAAAAGUUGCUGAGAAAGAGGCGGAUAAAUCGGCGAGAACGAGCGGCGGAGGCUUCAAGAUGCCCCCGAUGGUCGCGGACCACUUCAAUUUAGUCGUGUGGCUACUCUCCAAUCUAAGUAUAAGGUUCGAACGUUUGGACUACGCCCAGUCGCAAUUAUCGUUUAGAAUUCUCAACUUCAAUUUUUUGCGGAAUAGUGAUGAGGAGAAUACUUUCACGUUGAGCAUCUUCAUGUCCCGAUUCAUGUGGCAAGAAGAUGUUGUUUGCGAAGAUGCUUUAUAUAUCAUCAAGACAAAAAUUAAUCGCGAAAACCUGAAAAAUGGAGGGAGGCUUAUCGGCUCAACUUUAUUGGAUUUCAAAGUUGGCGAUUUUAAUAUUCCUCAAAAGAUUUUUACCAAUCGCAAAGGAACGGAGGGAAAGACGGAAUCUCCGCAACGUGAGAUCAAGGAGACGGAUAGCAUUGGUGAUGUCAACUAUAACAUGGCGUGUGGGUUAGAAUCGAUUCAAAUGCUCUCCGACAAAAUUAGGAACGCGCUGGAACCAAUCGAUGAGGUUUCGAUAUCGAUUGACAAACUCAUUGUAAAGAAUGUUCCGAUCACCACACAUCCAGAUCUAAAAGGUUUAAACCAGUACCUAUCAUUCAAUGUAAGCGCUGCCAAUUUUUCCUUGAAUGCAUUCAGGUAUGAAGAGCAGAUGCCUUGCUUCAAAAUUAACUACCUAGAAGGUGACUCUCCAAUUAGAUUCAAUAUGAAUUUAUCAGGAUUUAAUGUUUCAAUGAAUAUGAUUGAGUGUUGUAAAGCCCAAAGUCUACGAAUUUUGAAAAUAUUGGAAGUUCCAAAUAUAUCGUUUUUUGGAUCCACAAAUUUACUCACACAAGAAUUUGAUUUUUGCAGUAGCCAAGACUUACAAAAUGCUGUUUGUAAUUUAAAGGGACAUGUAUCAUCACCAAAUUUAGAUAUAGAUGUUGAUCAUUUGUCAUUUCUCAAAUGCUUUAGAAAAAACAUUGAAGUUUUCACGGGUGCUUUAAAAACACAAGAGGAACGUAGUGGUGAUUCAUCUUCUACAAAAGGCUGUAGUGUUCUGAGAUAUAUCCAAACUAUUGUUCCAUUGAUGGGUUUCAAAUUUACCAUUGAAGAUAUCAAGGUUGUAGUCAGUGACAAAGACGAGUUCAUUGUUCAUAAGCUUUCUGCGCUCAUGCUAGACUACAAAACGAACAGAUAUAUUGGUCAAGACUUCCAGAAGAAGGACACUGUAUUCUAUGAGGUGGAUUUCAUUCUAGAGGUGCUGAGUUUGAGCUCACAGCACAUAAAUAAGAAAAUGAACUACAAGCGAAGAAUUAUAUUAUUGGACAGCAUUCGGAUACACAACGACAUAAAACUGGUACCAGAUGUUUUACUCUCUACGCAAGUUGAUGUUGAUACCCUGGAACUAAAUUUAUCAGAUUUACCUACUAUGUUAAUGAUCAACAAAGUUUACAGAAAGGUGGACUCUCGUAUGCUUAAUGUCGAAGAAACAUUCUUUAUGCAUUAUUAUGAAAAAUUCUCGGCAAAACUACGCGAUGCUGAAUAUCAAUGUGCUAGUAUAGGAAAUUGUUUGAGACCGAAAAAAGAAUUGCCCAGCGAUUUCUUAUUUAAAGAACUACCUUCUUCAUUGGAUUAUUUGAAAAUUGAUGUUAGAGACGUCAUGAUCACCUUAGGCGCAAGAUCUCUAUUCAUGCCGCCCUGUAUCUUCUCUGACAUUGAAUCUCAGAGUGCAGAUGAUUUCGUAAAUGAAGAGUUGAGAAAAUAUUAUCAUAAAACUGAUAAAAUACAGGUAGUGCUUUUUGGUAAUAAAACGCAGUGGCAUAAUAGAAUAGAGACCGGAAGAACCACGAUGACAAAAUCUGCACAGCUAUCAUGCCAUCAGCAUCAAGAUGUUGAGCUUGAUGAUAUAUCCACGAGUGACGCUACGGAAGUGAAUCACACUUGGAAUUUUAAUGUCCUAGUGAAUAACAUGUCCUCCUCUGUAAUAACCGAGACAAUAGAUAAUAAAGAUGAAUUAUCUACAAGGAAGGUUUCCAAACUGAGUGUUUUAUCAUUAAAGGUCUUCCCGGAUUCUGAUUCAUUCGAGGGAAGAGACGCUAAAAACAUAGUUGUACAAAUUGAUAACAAAAGAUUGAAAUCUGUUCUUUCUUUAGGUAAUCUUUUCAUUAUCAUAUCAGGAAUUCACACUUUGAAGCAAGUGUUCACUCUUGAUGUGUGCUCUCACAAGAGACAAUCCUUGGCAAAGAAGCACUUCCUUGCAGUCUCUCUCAAAAGGCGAAGAGGAUUUUUUAAGUCCGUUCAGUGGGAUGAAUUGAAAUCAUUGGUACGCCUUAACUUCUCUUCUGAAGUGAUAACUCAAAUUUUGGUACUUCCCAGUGGGCUACCAACACGUCUGGAUAUUGUAUCCACUUUUAUCUCGAUAAAGAAUCUCAACGAAGUCUGUCUUUCAGGGCAAAAUUUCAGGGUCAGUGUGGAAUCACCGAUGCGUAAAAACUUUUGGGUUCGUAUGAUCAUUAUAUUGAAGUAUGCCGUGAAUAUAAAUAUACGAGAACUCAAGAAUCAAGUGAACAGCUCUUUUGAAAAUUUUGAAGCACUUGAUUCAGCAAUUUCUUUGGAAAACGAGUCAUGGCAUUUUAAUAUACCCCAUGAUUUCGAAAUGUACAAAAUUUUUGAUAAUAUACCCACUAUCUUUAAGUCUCUUAAGCAAAUGAUACAUUCGUUCAAUGAUCCUUCGAAAAAAUUAAUUAUCAAUCCAUCGCCCGUCAAAACACCUACUUUCCCUAAAAUAGGACUCAAAUCAAAAAGAUUUGUAUUUAGCAUUGACGAUGACCCGUUCGAAGCCGAUUUAAACAUGAUAUUCCAGAUUGGUUUGCAGGAACAGAGAUCAAGACUCGAUAAAUUGAAAGAGAUGGAUAACCUUACAGCAGCAGAACUUCUUAAGACAAAUGGUAGUAAGCUUAACAAGAGUAGAUCUGCGGAAGAGAUAAAAAAAUGCGAUUUUCUCGCAACAAUCAACGCUGUGAAAGGCAAGUUUAGAUUGCCACGAAGAAGGACUAACCUUCAGAAGGACAUGCCACUUUCCGAUGGCAAACAAGAUUCUAAUUUACCAAACAGUUCAGAGCCAAUGGAAAGUUUUGUAAACGCAGAUACCGAAGCUGCAUACCAACGACUGCUUGAAAAUUUUUCGACAUCAUGGAUAAGUAGAGUCCAGCAGUAUAGGUAUAAGGAAAAGAAGGUUUUUGAAAAAAACUUUAACUUUUUGUGGGGUAAUAUUGACUUUUCAAGACUGCCGCCUGACAUCAACCAAAGGGUUCUUCCUCUGAACACAAACCCGUUUUUGACAAACUUGGUUAUUGAAGGUAUAAACAUAAAGCUUUUUCAUCCAUCCUGUGGAAUCGAUAGAAUUCCUGAUUUUAUCAGCAAAAUAGGAAAAAAUGUUCCUAAAAAUUUUGAGUACUCAAUUAUGAUUCCAAUGUAUGUGGAUGCAAAGUUUAAAGAAAUAAGGUUACACCUGAGAGAUUACCCCCUGCCGCUACUAUAUAUUCCAUCAUUAACACAUGCUCAAAAUCAAGCUGAACCAGACAUUCAUUUUCAUGGUGAUUUGAUAAUUUCUGAGGAUAUGAUUCAAUCUGAAAAAGAAAUCAGGCAUAUAUUUGUACCUUUAGUCCCAUCCGCACUUGAGAAUAGCGAUACAUACUAUUCGUUGCAAGUACCUAGAACUAUAACAAGUCUUAAGUUCUAUACGAAUGUCCAACUAGACAUUAAUUCAAGAGAUCCUACGCAGGUGACUUGGGGAGGCGGUUAUCAGCCAGCAAUUCAACAGACUAUGCAGUGUUUAGAUUACUUUUCGAAGCCACCCUUGGAUCCUUCACCUAAGAUUGGUUUCUGGGACAAAAUAAGAUACCUGUUCCAUGCACGCCUUCGCGUAUCCUGGAAAAAUUGCGGAAGGUUUGAAAUUUCUUUAAAAGGGGGAAAAAGCCCUUAUAAGAUUGGAGCGGGGUCUGCUGGAUUCAUCGUUGGGUUUUCCGGUAACGUGGAAUUAAAUUGCAAUGAAAACGAUGAUCCACAUAAGCUCAUGUCAUGUACUGCGGAGAAAGUGCACUUCAGUAUUCCAAAUUACUUUGCAAAGCCACUUCUCGUCUGGUCACAGCCGAGCGAUCAGAAAGUGUUCAUACCAGGUCAAAACGAUGCCAACCUCGAACAAUACACGUCCUUUUAUUACCUUCUAGACUUUGAAGAUUCGAGGAAACAAAAUGCAGAUAUAGAACGCAUGCGCUCACAUUACAUUGAAAAGACCGGAAUAAAACUUAGUGGUGGCGUUACAUUGAAUGUCGGAAUGGUAUUCGAACGUCUUGUACCAGGAAAAAGAGAACGUGUUCUUUCAUCCGCCCCACAUUAUGACGUGCGCUUAUGCAACCCGAUUUCUUUGAAAGAUAAGGAAAAACAUGAUUCUUAUGCGGGCUUCCGUAGUGAGUUUAUUCACUUAGCUUUCAGUAUAUUGUCAAGCUCAGAUAGUGCCUACAAUGCUAUGCAGUUGAGUCCUGCAGGGCUACGCUCCUUCAAGGAUUGGUGGAAAUCGUUCGCAGGAACUUUCCCAGUAAGACGAGGAAAUCUAUUUGGAGACCAGAGCAUCAGCCCUAAAUUUGGAGAGCAUUUAUUCACAAUUUCUUAUUUCGCUGAUGUCUCGCCUCUGUUUAUUACUUAUAUCACUCAUAGCAUUGAUGCGCAUGCAUUGAAAAAAGGUAGUUUUGAAAGUGCUGAUUUCGCUGGGCUUAAAUCAAAGGCUUCUCAGUUUGUAAUGGAUUUGCAUCAAAGAAAGGAAGUCUUACUUGAGUACCAAGAAGAACUAGAGAAGACAAAAAGGGUCAUGAGACUCAAAUUUCUGGAGGCCCAAAUUUCUGUUUUUGGAAUCGAUUUAAGAACAGUUGACGCAACGUUAAAUCGCCUUAGAUAUCAAGAGGAAAAAUCAGAAUCAAAGUUCGAUAUUUUCGACAAUGAUAUGUCAUGGUUUGAUAUUACUGAUUUCAAAGAAACCAAUUACCUGGAUGUUAAUAAUUAUAUUCCCACCAUUGCUAUCAAGCCUUUGUUACAUUCACCCCAAUUCAUCUACAUCAAACGUGCAUCUUAUGGAGAUAAGUUUCAAGUGGAUCCAAAAGACUACAAACGUAUUGAGCCUUUUCAAAACAAGUUAUCACACAAAUGCGUAAUCGGCAAACCGAUAGCUCUCCCAUUUGAAGAGCUGAACAAAAGGUCUGAAAUAUUGAAUGAGUUCAAAACAAAAACGGAAACUGCCUUGAAAAAGUCUGGAGAACGUGUGAAACAGAUUGAGCUGGAAAAGGCGCUCAAGAUAACCUCUUGUGCUAUAGAAAACAUCGAGAAUCUAGUGAAGGAUAUGAAAACUUUAGAGAAGAAAAGAUUCGAUAAGUCUGAUGAGAGUAUGUUCAACUAUCCAAUUAUGAACGUCAUGUACGAUACAGCACAGCAGAACUUGAAAUUCGAAAAUCGCUACUAUAUUUGUAAUAUGCUUUUGAAAUGGAAUGAAAAAAGUAGAGAUGUGAUAUACAAGUUUUUGCAUAACUUUAAUUUAUCAAAUGAUUUAAUGGAUUUGUCGGCCCAGAAGUGCAUGCACUUCUUCAAUAACAUUGUGCAUCAAAGGGUAACUGGUAAUGAAGGGCAGAGAGAUGGUAAUAAUAAUCCGUGUAUGCAAAAUCGAUUGGAUAACUUAUUGAACAACGCAAACGAUGAAGAUGUGAAUAAUAUACUUUUGGAUAUUUUUGAGAAGAACAUUAUGGAUCUUGGUUUCGAGCUAGAUCAUGCUGUUCAAUUAAAACACAUUGUUCAUUUUAUAACCCCACAAAUACAAUUGAUAACUGAACAGGACCCGGACUCUUGCAUCAUUGUGACCGCACCAAGUAUUAAGUUGAAAACAUUAUCAUUUUGUAACAAUGACCGCGAGUGCGACUAUAAUGAGGAUGCGUUCAUGAAGCGGACCGGUAUUCAUCUCACAAACGCCAACUUAUUCCGUUUCCACAAGGACGACUACAAGGAUUAUUUAGAGGUUUUCUUUGACGUCAGCUCCUAUGGACAAAAUCGACAGCAUGAGUGGCCUCCUUGGUUAGGUAUGGAGCUUUGUUUUGAGCCGGAUAAUCUUUCGUCUGAGGCCUUGAUAAAAGAUUUCUCUUCUGUCUUGUUCUAUGAAAGAAUAUCCCAAUUUUCAAGAGUUUACAAAAUAAUUGAGGGCAAGCUUCAAAAUAGCGUCACUGGUUAUCUGCCUAAAAUCAUUCUAUCAUCAGAUUCAAGAAGUUAUUUGAGUAUAUACAAUAUUGUCACCAAUUUGUUGAUAUUUAUUACGCCUGAGGAUGCAGAAUUGCAAAAGCGGAUCGAGAGGCUCACAAUCGGACUGGAUACCGAAGAUACCGCAAAAAUGGAGAGCACUAUAACUGAACUUCAUAGCAGCCUCAAGAGACUGCAAAGAGUUGAUGAACAGUUUUCGUUCAAGCGACAGAUUUUGGAUGACGCUGACGCGCUAGAUCUAGCAAAUAUAAGGAAUGAGAUAGCCAAUCAUCUUCUGAGGCUUUACAUAUUCAUGAAAGUCUUCAGUUCGAACAAGUCAUGGGCUGAUAACGCUGAUCAUUCAUUGAUGUGGAAUUUCUAUUUGAGGGAAAUCAUAAUGCACAUGCUUAACGAUAAAGGCCAACCUUUUGUCGAUGUCGCAAUUGCCAAGCUUCAUUUUGAAAGGUCUGAAACUUCAACAGGUUUCAAUAGCAAUUUCCUGACAGUACAUAUGGCACAAGCAUUCGAUUUACAAAGAGAAGCUGUAUACCAGGAUAUACUUGGCCCAUUUUUUGGGAAACGAUCAAAGGAAGAAACACAUGAGGAAAAGCUAUUGGUAUCCAUUAAAUGGACAAUGGAAAAACCGAUUGGAGGUAUCAAAGUGGUAAAAUAUGUCGAAACAGACUUGGCUGAUCUGAAUUUAUGUCUGGAGGAGCAUUCAAUACGUAAAAUUUUGACGUGGUUUCUCCCAGAUGAAAUCAGCCCUCAAGAAACCGAGGAUGACGGAAGCCAAGACGAUAGCCGUUCGAUAUCGGAUUUUGAUCCUGAGCGCAUCGAUGCAUAUAUGAAUUUGUCUCUAGAAGAUGGUUCUGAUGUCCAAGAAAUGAUCCAAAGAUCCACUGACUAUGUUAUCAUUGAGAAUUUAGUUUUGAACAAAUUUCGUGUCUGUACUAGUUUCAAAGGUACUGGUGCUUUGAGGUUGAUCAAUGUAACAAAUUUCAUAUUUUCAUUUCCAAAAUUAGUAUACGAGAAUCAAACAGUCCGUAUUAUCGAUCUACUACUCGAACUCAAAAAGAUUAUAAUAAAGGAUAUGAUAAAGCAUACUCCAAAGUUUAUUGGUGCCAAGGUUCGCAACCAUCCGGUGCAGAAGAAACCGACGCCAUCAUCACCGUUAAAGCAGCUUACGCGCUAUGAUUCUUACAUGGAAACGCGAGAGCUCAAGGAGUAG